GGCGGGUCAAGCUUAAAUCACAGCAUGCGCAACCGCGCAGCUCGUCUGAGUCCCGUUUCGGAGGGCCCAACGCCCGAUCGCUCCGGCCCGUUCUUCGAAAUGCUGACACCGGUCUCUGGGGCGGGAUCACCGCAGCCUUCGAAGGCCAACGUGCCUACCCGCCCUCCAGCGCGAGCCCACGCAAACAGCAACAGUUCCGCAUCCCUCAACACAUCGGAUAUGAUGUUUGCACGGAAGAAAGUCCUGCCUGUUCGUUCACCCAAGUCCGCAUUGACAGCCAUGCUUGUGGCUGCUGGGGAAAGCACGAAUCCGUUUGCAGAACUGUAUGCCUCAGUGUCAGGUCGUGGAGAAGGAGCGUCGACAAAUGUUCAAGUGUAUUUCCCGUCGGCCAAGGCGCCCCGAGGGGAAGCCAUGGAUCUGAACGUGAGGCGGGACUCGACGGUGGAGGAGGUGAUCGGUUUCGCAUUGUGGACAUAUUGGGAGAAAGGGUGGCUUCCAAAACUCGACAAGGGUAUCGAGAACGACGAGGAGAAGCUUGCGACACGACUUUCCGGUGUGGGCUGGAUUAUGCGUAUCGCAGAAGAAGACGGAGAGGUCGACGAUGAUUUUCCUCCACCCGAUCGAACUGGGAAGAUUGCCAAGUUCAAUGCGGAUGCGUACGCCGUCUUGGAUGCUACUCCAGCACAAGUGCAGCAGAAUCAGCUCAUCGCCAGUCAAAUCCAGCGGCAUCCCUCGCGUGUGACGGCUACCAAGAAGGUAUCAGACAAGCUGCCUGUUCAACAGCAUCUCCCGGUGUCCAGCAGCGCGCUCCCAGGCAGCGGAAUAUUUGGAUCAGCUCUGGGUGGCUCGCUGCCGUUCUCGACUUCACUUGGCCCAACAUCGGGCCAUGGUCCGCAGAUCUUUUUACGAAUCAAAGUUGAAGAUACACGUGAUACGGUGCACAUUGGCACCACUAUACCUGUUUCGGCCGGGUUGUACAUGCAGGAAGUCCUCGAACGAGUCUGCCGCAAGACAAGGCUGGACAAUCCCAGCGAAUAUGCUCUGUUGCUGGCGAAUGAUGAUACAAGAAUACUGAUUCCGCUCGACCGGACCGUGGCUAGCUUGGGUGGAAAAC